CCAUCGCCACUGCGAUUCCGACUACUGAUCGAGCUCAGUCACCUGUGUUGUGGUUGAUAACGUGCGCGGAAAGAGUAUUUCGUCUUGUUUUUAAACAAGUGAAUUUUAGGACUUUUUAAAGGUUUAAUAAAAAAAUUGAAAAAUUCUUGAUUUAUGAUGCCCUCUGAGCUUCCACAAGAUCAAGGACAGGUUUCUGAAGACGAGGGCGUCGCCAUGGAAUCGCACAAACAAACCUUGGUCGACGGACUUGAUAAAUGCACCACCACCUUGGAAGAGGAUGCUGAGAUCGACAUCAGCGAGAUCGGAGAGGAAUACCAACAUGAUCCAACUUGCGACCCCGACAACCCGAUCCAGGUCAAAUUCCAGGACGUGAGUGCAGCGGCUUACAAGAUCAAAAGUGGGGUGUUUCGGUCACCAUGUUCGAAAUCUAAUCUGUCAACAAUGGUGGGAAUGGAUUUGUACUUGAAGAAAGACUACUUACAGACCACAGGAAGUUUCAAAGAGAGAGGGGCUCGUAAUACGCUUCUAAUGCUUCCAGAGGAGUACAAGCAGAGAGGAGUGAUCGCUGCAUCGGCAGGCAACCACGCCCUAGCCAUGGCCUACCACGGGAAGCUUCUUGGUAUCCCUAUCUUCGUGGUGAUGCCAAAAAUUGCACCCAUCAUGAAGGUGAAUCGAUGCAAGCAGCACGGAGCUACCAUUCUCAUCAAGGGAGAAGACAUUGGAGAGUCAAAGAAGCUUGCUAUGUAUUUAGCCAAGAAGAGGGGGUAUUUCUAUGUCAAUGGAUAUGACAACCCACACAUCAUCUCUGGACAAGGCACUAUGGGAUUGGAGAUUCUUGAACAAGUCCCUGACGUGGAUGCGGUCGUCUGUCCCGUUGGAGGGGCGGGGCUUAUCGCUGGUUUGGCGCUCGCCAUCAAGAGCCUCAACCCUUCUGUCCAAAUCAUUGGUGUAGAAUCAGACCAAACCAAGAGCUUUUCAGCAGCCCUCGAGGCUGGCAGACCAACAUACUUCAAAGUAGGACCAACAUUGGCUGAUGGUUUGGCAGUUCCAGUAGUCGGUGUCAACUCCUUUGCUACAUGUCAUCACCUCAUUGACAAGAUGGUCACAGUUGCGGAAGAUACGAUUGCCUUAGCCAUUCUUAGAUUGAUUGAAGUAGAGAAGGCUGUAGUAGAAGGAGCAGGGGCUACAGGGCUAGCAGCCAUCCUCAGUGGACAACUGCCCGAACUGGCUGGCAAGAGAGUGGUGGUGCCCAUGUGUGGAGGUAACAUUGAUACCACAGUUUUGGGGCGUGUCUUGGAGCGGGGUCUGGCUACUGACAGCCGAUUGGUUCGAUUCAUUGUAACAGUCAGCGACAGACCGGGUGGCAUCGCAGAGCUCACACAGAUUCUCCUCAAACUGGGGGUCAGUAUCAAGGAUAUUUUCCAUGAGAGGGCUUUCCUGAAAAGUGCAAUAUUUCAAGUUCAGGUCAAAUGCAUUGUGGAGACAACAGGCCAAGCGCAUGCCGAACGACUACACACGCUGCUGAAGGAAAACUACUCCAAUGUCAUCUGGGGGCCUGAAGACAUGUGAACUCGCCAUCGUCUAUUCGGAGCAAGCAGGGUGUGCAUAAUAAAUGCUCUUCUUCUUGCUUUAUACAUGGAUUUUGAUUGGUGAAAAAUCUCCUUUUACGAGUGUGUGAACACAUCAAGUUUCAAAUCCGUUUUGUAGUCGGUAUUCAUCCAUUCUCUGGGAAGCUUUCCUCCUUGGGUGGUUCCUGAUAGGGGACGUUGAGGAGUAAAAGACAAGAAGCUUUAAAAGCUUUCAGGUUCUUCUACAUGUAUCUAUUAGGACAAUCUAAUAAUAUUUGAUGGCACAGAUUUUUGUCCUGUGUUUGCUCAAAUCAUAUUUCGGGCUUGUGUUUCGUAAAUUGUACUUGUGACCAAACAAGGCACACAUGAAUGUAAUGGGAGGAAUUUUCAAUCAGAGUCACUAAUAUGUUUCAAAGUGGGUUGAUUCCACCCUCUUGAGAUCUCGGCUAUUGAAGCGCUGAAAUAAUGAUUGAAAUUGUGAUAUAUUUUUUC